AGCUAGAAAAAUAGCUGUAAAGAAUCAUCUUUUAGAUAAGAAUCAUCAUGUAAAGGGUUCAAAUGGUUUCCCAUCGCUUAAAAGACUGAAAGAUGAGACCAAGCUUUCGGCGUUUGAACAGCAUAAUUUCUGAUGGAGGGGACGAUAAAGACGAUUAUAGUUCAAUCCAACCCGAUAACAUUCCUAUUCCCCUGGGCUUACCAAUAGUAUACUUUCAUGACGAUGGUCCUGACAAUAACCACGAUACCACCAUUUCGAAUUUUGAACUUUGUCAAGACGAUCAUGGCAAAGAUCAGUUUGAUCGAAGAAAGAAGACAGGAUUCCUAUCAAAAACUGGUCACAAAAAUAAAAAGGUUCAUGACAUUUCCAAAUCUGCAGACUCGGCAAAUCUUAAGCAGGCAUCUGAAAGUCAACAAUUGGUGCUGAGAGAUCUGCAAAAUAGAAGGAGAUUAUCAUGGCGAGAGAACGAUCCCCAGUUUCAAGAUAGCCGCGAGGGAAUUGGUGAUUUACUGACUAGUCUCAGGAGUAGACGUUUAGCUGCAGAAAAUUCCAGUGAGAGUGACGACCUAAAGGAUAGUGUAAGUGAGGAUUGGAGGUCAGAUAUAACUGUAAGCAGUGAUCAGACUGGUACCGAAGACAACGCCGUCAACCGCAAAUCACUUACCCUUGAGGAAUAUAAAUCACUUGCCAGAUCUUUAGAAGGUUUUUCUGAAGGUGCACCACCUCCAGUGCCAUCAUCAAAACCACCAUCAGUACCUGUCUUAGCACCUCCAGCUCCUCCAGCACCUCCAACAUCACAAGCUGAAACACUCCCAUCACCUCAAACUCUGAGGAAACCACAAGCUGACCGUAGUUCUACUCGUACACCUCAAACUCUAAGGAAACCACAAGCUGACUGUGGUUCUACUCUUACAGCAUCUCCAGUUCCCUCAAUUAAUAACCACCCAGAAGCUCCAACAAUUCCCAUCCCUCCUCCUCCUCCCCCUCUUCCUCCACACGCAACUGCCAUUCGCCGAACUAAAGAGAAAAGACGCCAGCCUUUCAAAGAGAAGGUAAAACCUAUAACUCCCACUGGAAUCAAAUCGAAUUCAAAGCAAAGUAGAGAUCGGUCUUUCGUCACUGCCAGCUCGCUUCAGAACGAAAUAAAGCGAAGAAAGAUGGGAAGACCUAUUAAAAAGAACAACAGAGUUAUUACAGCUGCUAGGUUAAAAACAGAAAUAAAAGCACGAGAAGAAAGAGCUAGAAACCUAACCCCAGAUCAAAGAUUUGAAAGGCUGCAAAGGUUAUUUCUCAUCAUCCAAAUGGGAAGUGUUAUUGAGAUGGAAUCUUAUCUUGAAUACUACUGCAAUCCAGUAGAAAUCGUACCAAAAUUUGGAUGCAAAACGAAAUAUCAUUCGGAAAUAAAUCUGGUAAACGCUCGUGAUCAUUUCGGAAAUUGCCCUCUCCUUCUGUCUUGUAAAAUGGGGUCCUCCAGAAACGAUAUGACAAUGAUGCUCCUGAAAUACGGGGCCAAUCCGAACCAAGUGGAUGAAAACAAGGAUUGUCCUUUAGUCUAUGUAGGCCAAUCCGUGAGUUUAAGACCUGAUGAUGGAAAUAUUAGGAUUCUUCGGGAAUUACUACUUCAUGGAGCAGACAUCAAGCAGGCAGUGGAUACUUUGUGUGAUACUCUGGAAACUCCCAACAAAGAAUCUCGCACCGCAAUGAUGUCCCUUACAGCCCUUAUCCAACCUGAAUUUUUGAUGCUUACUAAGGACCCAAUAAAAACUGCCCAUCAAGUUAAUGGUAUGCUUCUCAAAGUUGCUUCGAUUAAAGAGGAAUACACCACUGACUGCAACAUCCUCGCUAAGUCAGCCAGAGAUUUCACCUUUGCUUACUUGGAUGCCUGUCGUACGCUUUGGGAAGCAAGGCGUUUGCUUUGUGGUUCCAACUACAUUGAAAACGCUCUGGAGACUCAAGAAAAAAAGUUUUUGUCGCAUCCAUUUUGCCAAGAAAUAGUUCUUGAAGAGUUUUAUGGUAAUAAAGAUUUUAAGAGCUACAAAAGAAAAGCUCUUUUCAUUUCUAAAUCGUUCACGUCCUUCUUUGUGGGACCAAUAUACUUUUUAUUGCUAAUCAAAGACUACUUGGUUUCGGGAACAUGGCGAUUUAAAUAUAGUCGUUUAGAUUAUCUUUCCCGGAGUAUUUCCACACCAUUCUACUCUUUUCUUGCUGAUUUUCUUAACUAUGCCAUCCUUCUGGGUCUUCUUCUCUACGUUGCUUUAACAGUUCCUGACAACUUGGAUUUGAAGGAUCAAAAAGGGGGCGAAAGUGAUCGUGAUUAUGCAGAACGUUUUCUUCAAAGCAAUGCCAAAAUAGAAUUGCCGGAAAUAAUUCUUUGGCUAUGUGUACUAGCACGAAUCCAACUGGAAGUGUAUCAACUUUGCAUGAGGGGCGCCAAAAAAUACUUCUCCAACUUCUGGAACAAUGUUGAUGUACUGAUUUGCGUCUUGAUGAUCGUAGCUUUCGCUAUAAGAUUUUGGAAUUGUACUCUGGCUGUAGACAUAUCAAAGAUAGAAGAUGAGGUGCAGCUGAUUACACCCGAGGAAUUGGUGGAAGGUUUUAAAACUAGUACCAUGACCUCAAUCUACUUAUAUAGUAUAACCCAAGUGUUUGUGUUCUUCCGUUUGAUGAACUUCCUGGACGUGAUGAGCGUGAUUGGGCCUCUACAACUUGCUGUUAAAAAGAUGCUGAGUGAUGUUGCUAAAUUACUCGUCCUCCUUGUGAUUAUAUUGCUAGGAUUUGUUUGUGCAAUACUUUGCAUUGCCAGAUGUUACAGAAAAGUUAAGGGCACACAGUACUAUGAGCAGUUCAGCACAUUUGAAAAAGCUCUCGUCAGCAUGAUCUGGACUCUUUUUGACAUCUUCAGCUAUGACGACUUAUCAAGGGACCAUAUGGUGACAUAUUGGAUUGUCCUGGUGUUAGUGUUAGCGUACUCAGUUAUCGGAGCUAUAAUCAUUCUGAACACUCUAAUUGCGAUGCUGAAUAACACGUAUGUGAACAUACAAAGUAACGAGGACACAGAGUGGAAGUAUUCUAGAUGUCAACUUUUUUCGGAGUAUAAGAAGGGAAUACCAUGGGUGUUUCCCUUCAGUUUGAUAAUGGCCCCAAUCUACAUUGUUUACCGUGUCUUCAAGAAAGUCAAAAGACGAACAAAGGCGAGAGUAUAUUUGGAUUACGAUCAUUUGUUGGAGAAACAACAAGACCAUGAAGCUGACACAGCCAGUGUUGAAGAAGAUGGUGGUUCAUCAGGGAUAACGUCUCUCAACAUUGACAAUGAUUCUGUUGUACAGGAGCUGAAGAUGCGAUAUUUGCUUAUCAACGAACUAACUAGGAGAGUGGAUAUAUCAAAACGCUAAUAUUUAAUUUUGUAUUAUUUUCUGUCUUGUGAUAUUUGGUAGAAAUACCGUUUUGAAAACUUCUAAAAUUCGCAAAUAAUUUAGCGUAAAAUAAGUUUACAUUAGCGAUAUAAUCUAAAGUUGUUCUUUAUAAAGUUAUAAUAAUAAGUUAUGCUAUUAUAAUGACAGUUUGCAUUUUCAACUCAUGACUCUAUUUUUAGUCACUUUAAUUAUUUUUGCCUUUUAUUUGAAUCUGAUCUGAGAAUGUGGUUGUAAACGUACUUUUAAUUACCUCCCCAUGGCCAAAGAAACUCAGAUUAAUUUUCUGACAGAAAGCCAAAAAUUUACCAAUAUUUAAUCGACCUUGAGUACGGAGUAUAAGCCAAGACUGCAGCCUAACAAUUAUAAUGAAUAAUUUGUCGCAACUUUAUUUUUAGAUACAAAUUUAAAUUCCAAGAUUUAUUG